AUGACUGCCACCGCCGCCUCGAUCCUCAAGAACGGCUCCAAGGCCCUGAGGCUCGGCAUGAUGCCCGCCGACGGCAUCGGCCGCGAGGUGCUCCCGGCCGCGCAGCGGGUGCUGCAGGCGACGCCGGGCGCGCCCAAGUUUGAGUUUGUCGAGCUCGACGCCGGCUGGGAGUGCUUCCAGAAGACCGGGUCGGCGCUGCCGCAAAAGACCAUCGACACGCUCAAGAACGAGUGCGACGGAGCCAUGUUUGGCGCCGUCUCGAGCCCCUCGCACAAGGUCGAGGGCUACAGCUCGCCGAUCGUCCGCCUGAGAAAGGAGCUCGACCUGUACGCCAACAUCCGCCCCGUCGUCGGCGUCAGGGGCACCAAGGACGAUCAGAAGUUUAUCGACGCCGUCAUCGUCAGGGAAAACACCGAGUGCCUGUACGUCAAGUCCGAGACCAUCGAGGACACGCCCAACGGCAAGGUGGCCAAGGCGAUCCGCCAGAUUUCGGAGCGCGCCUCGACGAGGAUCGGCAAAAAGGCGUUCGAGGUGGCGCUGGCCCGCGAGCAGCUGCGCGCCAAGACGGGCGUCUCUGCGGCGCGCGGACAGGCGGCCGUCACCAUCUGCCACAAGUCCAACGUGCUCUCGACGACCGACGGCCUCUUCCGCACCUGCGUCCGCGACGUCUACGAAAAGGACCUCAAGAAGAACGGCGGCGCGGGCCGGUACGAGGGCAUUGCGCUCGACGAGCAGAUUGUCGACUCGAUGGUCUACCGCCUCUUCCGCGAGCCCCACGUCUUUGACGUCGUCGUCGCGCCCAACCUGUACGGCGACAUUAUCUCGGACGGCGCCGCCGCCCUCGUCGGAUCCCUGGGCCUCGUGUCGAGCGUCAACGCCGGCGACAGCUUCUUCAUGGGCGAGCCUGUCCACGGCUCCGCGCCCGACAUUGCCGGCCAGCAGAAGGCCAACCCGAUUGCCUCGAUCCGCAGCGCCGCCCUGCUGCUCGAGUACAUGGGCUACACGGAUCCGGCGCUCACCAUCUACCGCGCCGUCGACGACGUCAUCCGCGAGGCCAAGCACCUCACGCCGGACCUCGGCGGCAAGGCGACCACCACCGAGUGCGAGGAGGCCAUCCUCAAGAAGAUCACCGCCUAG